AUGGCCUCUACCACAACGCAACCAUCUGGCAUGGCCAAGCCAGCGACCAAGAAAUUCGAGCCCAAGAAGUCUCACAUCACCGAGGAGCCUAUCACCCAGGCCAAUUGGUAUAAGCAUGUCAACUGGCUCAAUAUCACUCUCAUUGUGGGCGUGCCCAUCUACGGUCUCAUGGCCACCUACUGGACCCCGCUGCAGCUCAAGACGGCCAUCUGGGCCAUUACCUACUACUUUAUGACCGGUCUCGGGAUCACCGCUGCGUUUCCAGGUUACCACCGACUUUGGGCUCACACCUCCUACUCUGCCCGUCUCCCGCUGAAGAUCUUCCUCGCUGCCGUGGGCGGUGGAGCCGUCGAAGGCUCGAUCCGCUGGUGGUCGAGAGAUCACCGCGCCCACCACCGGUACACCGACACCGACAAGGACCCAUACUCCGUCCGCAAGGGUCUCCUCUACUCGCACAUUGGAUGGAUGAUCAUGAAGCAGAACCCCAAGCGCAUCGGCCGUACUGACAUCUCCGAUUUGAACGAUGACCCCGUCGUCGUCUGGCAACACCGCAACUACAUCAAGACGGUCAUCUUCAUGGGGAUGGUCUUCCCGUGUCUCGUCAGUGGUCUCGGAUGGGGAGACUGGAAGGGAGGAUUUAUCUACGCCGGAAUUCUCCGCAUCUUCUUUGUCCAACAGGCCACCUUCUGCGUCAACUCUCUGGCCCACUGGCUCGGCGACCAACCAUUCGACGACCGCAACUCUCCCCGUGACCACGUCAUCACUGCUCUCGUCACGCUCGGCGAGGGCUACCACAACUUCCACCACGAGUUCCCCUCCGACUACCGUAACGCCAUUGAGUGGCACCAAUAUGACCCUACCAAGUGGUCUAUCUGGUUGUGGAAGCAAAUGGGCCUCGCGUACGACCUCAAGCAAUUCAAGCAAAAUGAAAUCGAGAAGGGCCGUCUCCAACAACUCCAGAAGAAGCUCGAUCAGAAGCGCCAAACCCUCGACUGGGGUAUUCCUCUGGAGCAGCUGCCCAUCAUCGACUGGGACUCCUACCAAGCCGAGGCCAAGAACGGCCGUGCUCUCGUCGCUGUCGCUGGUGUCGUUCACGACGUCACCGACUUUGUCAAGGACCACCCGGGUGGCAAGGCUCUCAUCAACUCUGGCAUCGGCAAGGACGCGACGGCCAUCUUCAACGGAGGUGUCUACAACCACUCCAACGCCGCCCACAACCUGUUGUCUACGAUGCGCGUCGGUGUGAUCCGUGGCGGUUGCGAGGUCGAGAUCUGGAAGCGUGCUCAGCGCGAGAACAAGGACAUUUCCUUCGUCUCGGACUCGGCUGGCAAGAAGAUUAUCCGGGCUGGCAGCCAGGUCACCCGGAUAGCCGAGCCCGUUGCAUCUGCUGAUGCCGCGUAG